CCGUCUCUCUCUUGCGCUUAAUUAUCGCAGGUCCCUUUUCUUUGGCUACCACAAACUUGACCUUUAGAUUAUAGUGUAAUAAUAUUACAGACGUGACGGACGCGCGGGACGGCGUCUCAAGUGAAUUGUUUUAAAAACUUUAUCAUAAUUGAUAUAAUGAUUCGAGCGUCCUCCGUCCUUCUAGUCAUCGCUUUGCUAGCGCCAACGCACGAACAAAGUAUACCAAUAUCGCCGUGCCCCAACGUGUUUCAGUAUGAACAGACUGGAUUCGAGCCGGGGCAGUGGUAUGGAGUCGUCAACCUGUCCACUGACAGUACUUUACACUCGCUGUGGCUCAACAUAGUACUGGACAGUAAGGCGAAUAUAUUAGGGAACUGGGUCGGAGAUGUCACAACAAACGACAACAUCGAUUUCAAAAUCGAGAACACAAAUAUGAAGAUCCACCCCGGCCCUGCGGUAGCCGUGCGCUUUUUCGUUAGAUACGAUAAACUGAGUAAAGCGCCGAGAUUACAAGCCAUUCGGCUGAAUGGUAGAGAGAUUUGCAACGCCAACAAUCCGCAGCCAGCUGUGGACAGGCCUGACAUAGUUUCCACGCCGGGCAGCAGUUCUAGACCCGAUAUUACUAGACCAGUCGAUCGACCCAUCGACCGACCAGUUGACCGUCCCGUCGACCGACCAGUCGAUAGGCCAAUAAUAAAACGGCCUGUGGAGAGCCGACCAGUUGACCGACCUGAAUCCAGACCAAAUAUAAGGCCAGAAGACGUAACGAUCACAAAGCCUGUGUAUGGUCAGCCUUCAGGAGAGGGUCCAGUAUACACUCCUACCAGGAAUCCACCCAUACAACAAAGCAAUGUGAAUCCUUAUAGCAUUAACAAGGGUGGUAGCCAGUUGCAAAACGUAAACGAGCGUCCUUACCAGAUCACCACGUCCACCUACCGGCCGAAGGAUGAUGAUGAUGAUGAUGACAGGAAGCCUGACCCUAGCGACUAUUUCGAAGGCGGCCAGCCCACCUUCAUAGUUCCAGGUUCGAGUUCCAGCAGUAGCAGUAGUAGCAACGAAUAUUCAGAUAACAAUAAUCGGAACACAAGAGACCAAUGUGGAAAGGUUGUUAGAAAUAAUCCCAACCCUUUGGUGGUGAACGGGAAACCCACUCUGGAGGGGCAGUGGCCGUGGCAGAUAGCUUUGUAUCAAACGCAGACGAUAGACAACAAAUACAUUUGCGGAGGCACCCUUGUCACACACAAACACAUCAUAACCGCGGCGCACUGCGUCACCCUGAAGGAAUCAAGCAAGGUGGUCAACAAGAACACAUUGACUGUUUACCUGGGUAAACACAAUUUGAGGACUUCGGUCGAGGGCGUACAGAUCAGAUUGGUGGGAGAAAUCAUGGUACACCCACUAUACAACGCGUCAUCAUUCAGCAAAGAUCUCAGCAUUUUGAAACUGAGAGAAUCCGUCCAGUACACAGAUUUCGUGAGACCAGCGUGCUUGUGGCCGGAUAAUAUGGUCGAUCUUAGUAACGUUAUUGGGAAGAAGGGAUCGGUUGUUGGUUGGGGCUUCGACGAAACAGGAGUAGCAACGGAAGAGUUGACGCUCGUGGAAAUGCCCGUGGUCAACCAAGAAACUUGUAUACGUUCCUACAGCGAAUUCUUUGCGAGGUUCACCUCAGAAUAUACCUACUGCGCCGGGUAUAAGGAUGGGUCCAGCGGCGGUAGAAAUAGGAAAAAAAGUACAUCCGUAUGCAACGGCGACAGCGGCGGCGGUAUGGUCUUCAAAAUGCACGACAUCUGGUAUUUGCGCGGUCUCGUAUCGCUGUCUGUGGCAAGACACAACGAAUUCCGCUGCGACCCCACCCAUUAUGUUGUUUUUACCGACUUAGCCAAGUUCUUGCCUUGGAUAAAGGACCAUAUUAGCGAUUAUUAAACAGCGCCAUCUAUUAUUGUAAUACGUAACUAAUAUAAAUUUAGAACUGACAGAUCGCCGCCUGAGAUUAUAAAUUUCUUCGGUCCUUGUGUAAUAUGUGAAUAAUAGCUCAAAUUGUCAAUAAUGAACUGCUGACUACUCUUGGGUCCAUUUCAAGUUCUUCUUUCUAAUGAAAUUAUUACAAAUAUUUGAUUGAAUUGCAUUUAAUAUACCUAUAGGUUUGGAGUUUGGUUUCUGACGAUAAUAUAUAUAAAACACAUAUUAGCAAGGAUGUAUUCAAUAACAUUUUCUUUAUUUGCUCAAAAA